AUGAAGACGGAGAAGAACCCUACUCAAGAGGAAAGGAACAAGUGUGGCAAGGAUGCGCAGAAAGUCCAGUCAGAGUGCACAAAGACUGGCGGAUUUCAAGAAUGUCGAGAGAAAAGCAGCGCGGUCAUGACCGCGCUGCCUGAAUGCGCUGUAAAUUGCAGCGGGAAAAGACCACAACGUGCUUGUUCAAAAGGCUCUGGCUGGUAUGCUAUUAUACAACCAGACUUUGUCAACGGCGACAGGUGGCCCUUUGCCGAGGGUAUUCUGACCAUGUCCACGGCUUCUGAGACCCAUCUAGACAUAAACAAAAGGCACGUCUCUGGCGAACCUCUCCCACUCCAUGCGCGUGGACAUUUCGACGUCCCAAUUUGGUUUUCGGAGGAACGCAAUGGUGAGACAGUUCACAACCGCUAUGCGCGCCCGGAAGCCAUCAAGGCCGCGCGUCCCAAGGCUCGCGGCCAAGCUGUUGAGAAAAGUGGCUGA